AAUAGUCCCUCGCGCGAGGAAAGCUUCUCAAGGGGUUGCCGUUUAUUUUCAGAUCGCGCGCCCAGCGAAGGGGAUCAACGUCGGUGCAAAAACAGCACGCCCCUGCCACUUCCCGGCUCGCUUACCACCAACGGAGAAGGUGAGACGGGGCAGAGAGAAUGGUGCACCUUGGCGUACUGGGAGCUGGGCGGCCGAGUGGGUCGUCUGUAUCCCGUGGAGCCUUCGACGGUGAACGUCUUCGACUCUCUCCACGACGGCGACGGCCUCUGCCUGGCGACACUAGCCGAGAACCACAUUGCACCGCCCGCGGUCCAACGUACGCGUAGCAAAAUCGGUCUCGGGCUAACGCUCAGCCAGGAGGCGGACGGUGUAUGGGCGUACAACAGGUCGGAGAGCCCGAUCUUCGUCAACUCGCCCACCCUGGACGACCCGGAGUCCAGGACGCUGCUGGUCUACCGAGUGCCGCCAGGUUUCUGCCUCAACAUCUUCGACCGCGCCAAGAUCCUGCAGCUUCCAUACGGCAGCGGCGGUGGUGGCGGCGGCGCGGGGGCGGGCGGCUUCGCCUCCGGCCCCGUCGACAUUAACUCCGUCCGCAUCAGCUUCGCCAAGGGCUGGGGACCCAAGUACUCGCGGCAGGAGGUCACCUCCUGCCCGUGCUGGCUCGAGGUGCACCUGGCGCCGUGCAGGUGAUCGUCCCCAUUGCGACCGGCCGCAAGGAUAUCGAGUCUCGUCCAGUCGCGUCUCUUCCUCCUCCUCGUCAUCAUCAUCAUUGUCAUCGUCGUCAUCGUCAUCGUCAUCGUUGUCGUCGUCGUCGUCGUCGGCGGCGGCGACGUUGUCGUGGUCGUUCUUGAGGAGGACUUGAACGGUGAUAUAAUGAUGCGGCGGCGACCGUGGCCUUUAGCUCCGUCCUAGCAAGAGCGGUGUUUAAACGCGUGCUGGGGGCACGGAUCUCGAAGAGUAAGAUCGGUGCCUCCCCUUUCCCCCCGAACCCAGCAGUCUUACCAAAGUACACGCCGUCUUAUACGUCUAGGAACAACGUCGCGUUCCGUUUCGUCGGAAACGAGAGGUAGAUAGGGACAUAGACAGAGAGCGAGAGAGAGGAGAGAGAAAGAAAGAUAAAAAGAUAGAAACGGAGAUCGUUCGCGAGCGUGUUCAUCGAGCGCAUACGAACGGAGAGGGGCUCACAUUGACGAGUGGUACCUUCUGGGAUUUUCAGGAAGCUAACAACGCGCGCUAAUACGCGCACGCAUUGACGCUGUUCUCUUCUUUUUAUUUUUUAAUUCGUUUUUUCUUUUUAUUUUUUUUUUUCAUUUUUUUUCCUUUUGUUCGCUAUGCGCGAUCGGUCGUCGAUCGCCAAGAUGUCGUGUUGUCGAUGCUACUCUCGGGAUUCGUACAAAGAAUUUCCGACAGCGAGGAAGCGGAGAGAGUGUCGGGCUUCCGGUAGGUCUAGUCAUUUGCGUUUAGUCUUGCGCCAGCUCGCGAAUUCGCGCGGUGGAGCCUGAAUCCACACAGCAUGGCAGGGAAAAUUCUUAGUCUUAUCGAAGCAUGAAACAAAGAGUAACGUCGACGAAGCAAAGAGAGAAAGAUAAGCGGAUUGUGCAUCUCACCGAUCGUUCCUCGGGAAGAAUUUUCGGAUGAUCGAAGAGAACGAACGAGCGAGGCGCAGCCUCCUAUCGUUCCGUCAGUCAUACGGGAAGGUUCAGAGGAACAGUGGACGAGUCACAUCGGCAUUUAGUAGUCGGAAAUUCGGAGGAUUGCUCACAGGUAAUUGACGAUUAUAAUUGCGUAACGUGAACAUUAUCAUGAACUCUUUUACGAGACAUCUGUUUUCGAGGUAAUUUUGGACGAGGCUCGCCCUAAAAUUAUCCCGAGUUUUUUUCGCGUACUCAUUUCCGUAGAACUUGUAUUACUGGUGAGAAAGAGAGAGAGAGAGAGAGAGAGAGAGAAAGAGCGAUUAUUUUUACAGAGUUCACAUUAAUUGAAGAAGUAAAACUCGCAAGGGUGGUCGUGAAUUCUCGGCUUUCUAUAAUCCAGUGCCGCGAAGUCUUUCUUGUGCGACGGACUUUUACAGACUGGAAAAUUCGGUCAUCAUUAUAUCGAUGUAAAAGUGCAAAAAAAAAAAAGAAAAAGAAAGUAUCGACGGAGCAAGAGGAAUAUUCUUUUUUUUUUUCUUUUCUUUUAAGGAAUACGAUGAUGAGCGAUGGAAGACGCAUUUUGAUUUACUACGCCCGCGUAAGAUCAGCUAUAUAGAAAAAAAAUUUUUGCAUUAGGAGCCGCUCCAGUAGCAUAAGUUCUAUCUCGGUCUUACGUCACGAGACGCGACAGUACUGAAUCGUAGUAGUCUCACGAUUUUGAUCAGCGCCGCAGAAGCGAAAUGUGCCACGAGUCCUGGGGUUGUUAUCUCCGCUCGUCGUUCGGUGCUGUACAUACGUAGGAUAUAUGUACAUACACUGUGCCUUCCCAGCUUCCCUCCGUGGUGCAACGUACUCGGGUAAACGUGCGCCACGUGCCAAGCUCGUUUCGCACGAAAAAAUGCCUCCGGAGCUUUGUACUACAGUAAUAUACGAUACUGUGAUAAGAGUCUGACGCAGGUCUUUUUUUCUUCCUUUUUUUUUACGGAAAACGCGUUGCGAAGCAAGCAAGACGACAGAGAGAGAGAGAGAGAGAGAGAGAGAGAGAGAGA